AUGUCGGGUGACCGCCCUUGGCCCCAAGUCCCUGUGGGUAACAAGGACUACACAGAGGCCAAUGUGGUCAUUGUGGGAGGAGGUAUCUCAGGAAUGUGCACAGCAAUCGAUUUGAUUGCUAGGAACAAUUGCCGGAAUUUCAUCAUUCUGGAGAAGUCUGGUGGAGUCGGAGGCACGUGGCGAGAUAACAAAUAUCCGGGGUGCUGUUGUGAUGUGUGGUCCCACCUCUACAGCUAUUCGUUCGAGCAAAAUUCGGAUUGGACGCGAGAAUAUCCUGGACAAGAAGAAAUUCUGGAAUAUUUGAUGCGGGUUGCGCAGAAGUACGAGCUCUAUCGAUAUGUUCGCUUCAAUACCGCAGUCGAUUCUGCUCGGUGGGACGACGCCAGCAAGAAAUGGAAGACAACGGUAUCAGUUCAAGGUGGCAAAGAUGCAGAGUUCACCAACACAUAUACCAUCAGCUCUGAUUUUUUGGUGUCGGCUGUCGGCCAGCUCAACGUGCCAAGGUUGCCUGACAUUGAUGGCCUGGGGGAGUUCAAGGGCAAGUUGAUGCACAGUGCUCGGUGGGAUUGGAGUUAUAGUCUUCGUGGAAAGAAAGUUGCAAUAAUCGGCAAUGGAGCGACUGCUGCCCAAAUCAUCCCAGAGAUCGUCAAGGAAGUGGAUCACCUCACUAUUCACCAACGAACACCCAACUGGGUGAUUCCCCGGUUGGACGCCGCGAUUGCCCCUUGGAAACGCAGUCUUUACAAAUGGGUGCCAUAUGUCCGACAGCGCAAGAGAGCUGACAUGAUGGAUUUCCGGGAGGCAUUCUACGAUGCCGUAUUUGACAAGACUUCCCCCACGUCCCAAUUUAUUGAAGCAAUGAGUAAGGAACACUUGCAAGCUCAAUUGAAAGAUCGACCCGAGCUACAAGAGAAGCUGCAACCUACAUACGCCGUGGGCUGUAAACGAGUCAUCAUUACCGAUGAUUACUUUCCUGUUUUCUUACGGGACAACGUGAAGCUUGAGACCGGAAAGAUCGACAGAAUCACUGCAAAUGGUAUCGUGACCGACGGCAAGGAAGAAGAAUACGAUCUUAUCAUUCUCGCCACCGGAUUCCGCACUGUCGAAUUUAUGCACCCAAUUGAGAUCACGGGAAAAGCCGGACGCACACUCAGCAGCAUCUGGAAAGAGGGUGGACAGGCACUCUAUGGCGUUGCGGUGGAAAGUCUGCCAAAUUUUGGCAUGCUCUACGGACCCAACACCAACUUGGGUCAUAACAGCAUCAUACUCAUGAUCGAAGCUCAAAGCAGGUAUAUCAAUGCAAUGAUCAAAGAAGUGAUCGCCGCAAAAUCAAGUGGUGACGACCUGGUUAUCACACCUAAACCAUCACGCGUGAAGGAGUUCAACGAUGAAAUACAGUCAGAACUGGAAAAGAGCAAUUUUGCAGACCCCGGCUGUAAUUCUUGGUACAAGAUGAAAGAAUCGGGCAAAAUCACGAACAACUGGAGCCGGAAUGUGGUUGCCUAUCAAAAGCUUUUAAGUCAAGUGGACUGGUCGGAUUUUGAUCUUGACGGACCCCAGGCAAAGAAGUUGUCGAACUCUCAGGUGACCCAUCUUGGGCGUGUGGUAGAGGAGUCGACAGUGAGCUACCAGACCAUGGGGUUGACUGCUCUCAGUCUGGCCGCUGUUGGUGCAGGUUUGGUAUUCCGCAACUCUGCGCGGUUACGGCUUCGAUGA